UACAGUGGACCAAUAAAGUUUACAUACACCUAGUUCUAUUAAAUUACGACGCGUUUAUUUGUUUUAAAAUGAAUACAUUUGGUGAUUUUUUUUUAUCCAUAUCAAGAUAUGUAUAUUUAACAUUAAAUAUACCAUAUCAAAGUUUUUUAUUUUGUACACAAAUAAAAGAAAUUAAUGCUAAAGCUUAAAAUGCGCCUAAUUUGUAUCAAAAAAGUUUACGUACAAAAAUGAUUAUUUAUAUAAAUGAAAAGAAAUUACAAUAGUUUUAGCGGUUUUGGCCUACAUUUUGUUAAUAUUAUUGUCCCUAGACAUCGAUGUAUGCUCCCCACUCAAUUUCUAGUACUAUUUCCGGAUAUUUUGACCCACUAAGUCCAUAAUCCGGCUUUUUGGCCUUAUUUUGAUGAAAUUCGAUGUUUUCGAAUACGAUUUUCCAAAAGGGUUCAGAUAUUUUGAAUGGGAUUAAUGUAUGGUGGUUGCCGGACCUAUGGAGUUAUUUUUAAUUCCAUAACAACCCUGCACGUACAAGAUGAGACGGAUGUUUUGGGUCGUUAUCGUGUUAUAAAUAGAAGUGGCCGCUAUUAACAGCCGAUUUAAGCACACUUAAUAAUUAAAUUAUUUUGUUAAAAUGUUCAGAAACAUGUCUUUAUCCAUUGUGAGAACUAAAUAUCUUAUAGAAUUUAGUCCACACAAAGGCCCACCCUAUUGUUCACAAGCAUAUAUACGCAGCGGUAAAACCACGCCACGAAGAUGGAGAAACCAGACAUGCAGAUUAAAGGCCAACAAGAAUGCAUACGCAGCGGUAAAAACACGCCACGCAAACCAGACAAGUAGACGAAACAACAGCAAGCAUGCAUACGCAGCGGUAAAAUCACGCCAUCCCAGCAAUAAAAAAAAACGCAUAAAAUUUGCAAAAUCUCAUCGGUUCUUUAUUUGAAACGUUAGAUUGGUUCAUGACAUUUACUUUUUGAAGAUAAUUUCAUUUAAAUGUUGACCGCGGCUGCGUCUUAGGUGGUCCAUUCGGAAAGUCCAAUUUUGGGCAACUUUUUCGAGCAUUUCGGCCGGAAUAGCCCGAAUUUCUUCGGAAAUGUUGUCUUCCAAAGCUGGAAUAGUUGCUGGCUUAUUUCUGUAGACUUUAGACUUGACGUAGCCCCACAAAAAAUAGUCUAAAGGCGUUAAAUCGCAUGAUCUUGGUGGCCAACUUACGGGUCCAUUUCUUGAGAUGAAUUGUUGUCCGAAGUUUUCCCUCAAAAUGGCCAUAGAAUCGCGAGCUGUGUGGCAUGUAGCGCCAUCUUGUUGAAACCACAUGUCAACCAAGUUCAGUUCUUCCAUUUUUGGCAACAAAAAGUUUGUUAGCAUCGAACGAUAGCGAUCGCCAUUCACCGUAACGUUGCGUCCAACAGCAUCUUUGAAAAAAUACGGUCCAAUGAUUCCACCAGCGUACAAACCACACCAAACAGUGCAUUUUUCGGGAUGCAUGGGCAGUUCUUGAACGGCUUCUGGUUGCUCUUCACCCCAAAUGCGGCAAUUUUGCUUAUUUACGUAGCCAUUCAACCAGAAAUGAGCCUCAUCGCUGAACAAAACACGCGCGCGAAACACAUUUCGAACCGAACACUGAUUUUGGUAAUAAAAUUCAAUGAUUUGCAAGCGUUGCUCGUUAGUAAGUCUAUUCAUGAUGAAAUGUCAAAGCAUACUGAGCAUCUUUCUCUUUGACACCAUGUCUGAAAUCCCACGUGAUCUGUCAAAUACUAAUGCAUGAAAAUCCUAACCUCAAAAAAAUCACCCGUUAUUAGAUAUUAAUAAGUUGAAAUAAAUAAAGAACGAUUCGCAGAAGAGCCCCAAUACUUACAAAUUUAUUGUAACGAACCCUGGACACGGCGAGUAUACCUCAGCAAUUAUACUUGUAAGAAGCAGGGGCUGCAAAAAGCUUCGUUACAAUUGGCGCCCGAGCAGGGACCCUGCGGAUCGUAUAUUAUCAGGAAAACCGACAUUUAGUACGGAGAUGGCAGAUCUCAUGUGGUUAGACAACGUGUCCAAGGAGCAACUAAUCUCCUUCGCACAGAGUUUGGGAGUUGACCACAUAGGCACCACGCGGGAGAUUCGUAAGCGGAUAACUACAUUGGCAGCCAAGGCGCACGGAGACCCGGAAGUAGAAGAACAAUUUUUAAAAAUGGAAGCUGCAUACAAAGCAGGUGAGAUCGCUUCACGAGACGAAGGCGAUCAGAAGACAACCUUCCCAGCAGAUCAAGACAGAGGUACCGCGAGCACUUUCGCGGAAUCAUCACGGCUACAGCCGCCACAAAUCAACAGGUUACUUCAACAGAACCACAUUGUUACAUUCGCACCCAUCAUCGACCAGGUGAGGAAGUGGGCCGUGAAAUACGACGGCGCGCGAGACCCAUUAGCGUAUGUCGAGAGAUUAGAAGAGCUCUCCGAAGUGUACAUGGUGAAUGUGGACAUUCUUCCAAGAACCAUGCCCGAAUUAUUGUGCGGUACCGCUCUCCAAUGGUAUCGCAACAAUAACGAACAUUGGGCGAAUUGGACAACCUUCAAAAAGGACUUUCUGCGCUUCUUCCUACCAGCACGUUACUUCGAACGCCUCGAAGAUAACAUACGGCAGCGAAGACAACACGUUCGAGAAAAAUACAAGGACUACGUUCCAGCUAUGCAGAGCUUAAUGCGACACGUUGGGUACAAUCCGGAAGAGCGACUGGAAAGAAUUUUUCGGAAUAGUCACACCGAUUAUUUGCUCUACAUUCAGCGGCGAGAUUUCGAGACGCUGGCUGAACUCAUCACACUGGCAGAGGAGUACGAAGGGAUAUAUGAAGGACAACGACGAAGAGUAGAGCCACCUCGACGCGAGAUGACGAGGCACAUUAUAGGUGACCACGAGGCGAGACAUGCAAGUAGGCCGUUACCACGUGCACCACAACACCACGCGACGGUAGAUGCGCAUCGUCAGCAACCAUCUACGAGUGGAGCCGUUAGGCCGGGGAAUAUCUGCUUCAGAUGUGGUCAGGAAGGUCACCAUGCCAGGAGAUGCCGUAAUAGCGAGAAAUUAUGUUGCAGGGAGUGUGGCCGAGCGGAUGUGCUAACGAAAGAAUGUUGUCAUCGACAACGGGGAAACGACGAAGGGUUUCGCCCAAGACAAGGCGCGGCGGACCCAUGGAAAUCAGCGCCAAACCACCAAUAAUUAUGCAUCAGGAACGCGGCCGGCUAUACGCCCUAAUCACGCUGGGCGGAGAACCGGCGGAAGCCGUCAUCGACACCGGCGCUUCGAAAAGUUUCAUAUCACCACGAGUUGCAGAACAUAUGCGCGCAACCGGGAACAGUAAGAAGGUGACCGUAGCUAUCGAGAUACAAAUGGCCGAUGGCACCACCAGCAAGAUUUUCGACGCCGUGGAGACCACCAUUCAACUCGGACAGACAUCGCUAAAGGCAGUGUUACACGUGAUGCCUGGAGCGAUUGAUGACGUCAUACUUGGAUUGGAUACACUGGGGAACAUGGGAGCUAUAGUAUCCUUCGGAGGUCACCAAGCUGAAAGCGUCAGAUGCGCAGCAAUCACCUGCAGCCCGCACCAUGUCAUCCAAAGCCGUAAGCAACGUAACCCUUACUACGCCAGACACACGCCUGCUAAAGCGCAGGAUGAAGAAGAAAAACAGACGAAAACUUAAGUGCAGGAGUGUCAAUCGACUUGGGACUUCAUCGGCCGUCGACCAGAGAAACGAAGCGGCCCGUAUACGUGAUUUUUUAGACGAAGAACUUCGAAAAUUUGAAAGCAUGAGUGGAGUGACGACCGUGGCGGAACAUAAAAUCACUAUGACCGACAGCCGACCAAUCAAGCAACGAUAUUUCCGCGGAAUCCAGCGAUGCAGGCCAUCAUCGACGCCGAGAUCGACGAGCUGCUGUCGAAGGGAUGUAUUGAGCCCUCUCACAGCCCACACAGCGCGCCGAUUGUAUUGGCACGGAAGAAGAACGGUAAGUGGCGUUUAUGCGUGGAUUAUCGGCAACUCAACGCCCGAUCUGUACCCGACGCAUACCCCUUCUUCUUCUUUACUGGCGUAGACACCGCUUACGCGAUUAUAGCCGAGUCAACAACAGCGCGCCAGUCGUUUCUUCUCUUCGCUACGUGGCGCCAAUUGGAUAUUCCAAGCGAAGCCAGGUCCUUCUCCACUUGGUCCUUCCAACGGAGUGGAGGUCUUCCUCUUCCUCUGCUUCCCCCGGCGGGUACAGCGUCGAAUACUUUCAGAGCUGGAGUGUUUUCGUCCAUUCGGACAACAUGACCUAGCCAGCGUAGCCGCUGUCUUUUAAUUCGCUGAACUAUGUCAAUGAUGCCGUAUAUCUCGUACAGCUCAUCGGUACAGGCCCAUCGAAUGCGAUAUUCGCCGUGGCCAACGCGCAAAGGACCAUAAAUCUUUCGCAGAACUUUUCUCUCGAAAACUCGCAACGUCGACUAAUCUGUUGUUGACAUCGUCCAGGCCUCUGCACCAUAUAGCAGGACGGGAAUUAUGAGUGACUUAUAGAGUUUGGUUUUUGUCUGUCGAGAGAGGACUUUGCUUCGUGUUGAGACCGAUGAUAUCAAUAUCAUCGGCAUACGCCAGCAGCUGUACACUCUUAUAAAAGAUUGUACCUGCUCGAUUAAGUUCUGCAGCUCGAACUAUUUUCUCCAGCAGCAGAUUGAAGAAAUCGCACGAUAGGGAGUCGCCUUGUCUGAAACCUCGUUUGGUAUCGAAUGGCUCGGAGAGGUCCUUCCCGAUCCUGACGGAGCUUUUGGUCCCGCUCAAUGUCAGUUUACACAGCCGUAUUAGUUUUGCGGGGAUACCAAAUUCAGACAUUGCGGCAUAAAGGCAGCUCCUUUUCGUGCUGUCGAAAGCAGCUUUAAAAUCGACGAAGAGGUGGUGUGUGUCGAUUCUCCUUUCACGGGUCUUUUCCAAGAUUUGGCGCAUGGUGAAUAUCUGGUCGGUUGUUGAUUUGCCAGGUCUAAAGCCACACUGAUAAGGUCCAAU